AUAUCAGAGUAACACUCUCUCUCCGCGUUAACACAUUUUCAACUUUCUUUCUUUUUUCCUUACAUUAAAUUAUUCUUUAAGUUUCAAGUAUGCGUGAUUAAGUACUAUAUCGCGUAUGAAUGUUGGAUUUUUAGUAUGAAUAGUUAAGUCUUAUAUCGAUUAUGAAUCUCUUAAAAGACAGCUCAUGUACUUAAUAUCUUUAAAUUUUUGAAUAGAGAUAUAUCGUCUCCCUCUCCCGUAAUCUUAGUGCAUUGAUACGUUGUUUCUCUCGAACUCCCCAACAAUCGGUCAAUUAUUGGAUUACAUCAUAGACACUUCACCACCUUCAUUCGUUAGAUCAGUAGUUUCUCACUUUCUUAUGGCUCACAACAACAUGCGCCACCUUCAUCAUCCUAAUCAAUUUGAUAUUCAGCAAAUUUUAUCAGAGGCACAAUAUAGAUGGCUACGUCCACCUGAAAUUUGCCAAAUUCUCACUAAUCAUAACAACUUUCAGAUUGCUUCUGAACCUUCAUAUAUGCCUACAAGUGGUUCACUUUUCCUAUUUGAUCGGAAGGUGACGCGAUACUUUAGAAAGGAUGGUCAUAAUUGGAGGAAGAAAAAAGACGGAAAAACUGUCAGGGAAGCUCAUGAAAGACUCAAGGUUGGAAGUGUGGAUGUAUUGCACUGCUACUAUGCUCAUGGAGAACAAAAUGAUAAUUUUCAAAGACGAACUUACUGGAUGCUCGAGGAGGACCUCUCACACAUUGUUCUAGUCCAUUAUCGCGAAGUGAAGGGAGCCAAGGCAACUUUAAUAUGCACCAAAGAAAAUGAAGAAUCUCAUCCUCAUGCUCAACAAACAUACAAAGUUAUGUCCAACACAGAGAUGGAGACUUCUUUACCGUCUAGCACGAACACUGCACAAUCAUCAGAAUAUGAUGAAACUGAAUCAGCAUUCAAUAGCCAUGCAAAUUCAGAUUUCUACUCUUUUCUUGAGCUGCAACACCCUGUUGUUCAGAAGAUUAAAGCUCAAAUAGCUGAUUCUAACUGCCCUCUACCAUUAAAAGAUGAUCAACAAAGGUUACCUGUCAUUCCUAAGGUGGAUUAUAUCUCACUCAGUCAACCUAAUGAAACCAAAUGCAUUAAUAAUAUUGGACUGACAUGUGAGCUCUCAAAAAUCCUUGGCUUCUCAUCAUGCCAAGAUAUCUUAGAAAAUCAUUCUGGAAGUCAUAAUGUGCCUUUUCAGCCUUCUUUUCCUGAAACACAAUCCAAUAACAUGGGAAUCAAUGGUACUUCUCAAGGAUAUGAGCCUUCCGGUUUUAUUUCUUUAAGCACGUCAACUUGGCCCAAUGAUAGUGCGUAUUCAGUCUCGACGUGUGAGGUUAGUUAUAACGACAAUGAGAAGGAAGUUAAUGAAGUUGAUUUUCAACAAACCUUGGAACAAUUCCUUAUUCAUCCACACCAACAACACAAGGUUCUUAUGUGGAAUAGCCCUCACGAAAAACUUUUAGAAGCAGAAGAGUUAAAAUCGGAUCUAGAGGUUGGUAGAAGCCUAGAUGAAAUACAAGCCACUCAUUUUACUUCAAAGAAGACUCUAUUAGAUGUAUCUCUGGCAGAUGAGGGCCUGAAGAAGCUCGACAGUUUCAAUAGAUGGAUGAGUAAUGAACUAGGAGACGUGGAAGAAUCGAGCAAAAAAUCCACUUCAAGUGCUUAUUGGGAUACAGUUGAAAGUGAAAAUGGUGUUGAUAGUAGAACUAUUCCUUCCCUAGUGCACCUGGAAAACUAUGUACUAGAUCCAUCUAUUUGCUAUGAUCAGCUCUUCAGCAUCAUCGAUUAUUCCCCAUGCUGGACAUUUGAGGACUCGGAAAUUAAGGUUCUCAUUUCAGGGCGAUUCUUAAAGGGUCAAAAUGAAGCAGAAGAUUGUAAAUGGUCAUGCAUGUUUGGCGAGGUAGAAGUGCCAGCAGAGAUAAUCGGGAAUGGUGUUCUCUGUUGUCAUACUCCUCCGCACAAGGCUGGCAGGGUUCCUUUUUAUGUAACAUGUUCUAAUAGGUUAGCAUGUAGUGAAGUGCGUGAAUUUGAUUUCCGAGCUAAUUAUACUCAAGAAGUCAACACUGGAGGCGAAAGCAGUAGCAGCAACACUUUCGAUACUUUUAAUAGACGGUUUGGUGAACUGUUGUCUCUGGAGCAUGACUUCCCUCAGAGUUUAGAUUCAGUUAGUGUGAAUGAGAAAUCUCAACUGAGAAGUAAAAUCAGUUCAUUGUUUAGGAGGGAGGAUGAUGAAUGGGACAAACUACUGAAAUUUACUCUAGAGAAAGAAUUUCCUCUGGAGCUUGUACAAGAACAGCUGCAUGAAAAUCUUCUAAAAGAUAAGUUGCACGCAUGGCUCCUUCAGAAAACAACUGAAGAUGGUAAAGGUCCAAAUGUAUUAUAUGAAGAUGGGCAAGGUGUGCUUCAUUUAGCAGCUGCUCUUGGCUACGAUUGGGCCUUAGAACCAACAAUAGUUGCUGGUGUGAAUGUGAAUUUUCGCGAUGUAAAUGGAUGGACUGCUCUUCAUUGGGCAGCAUUUUGUGGCAGAGAGCGCACAGUUGUUUCUCUCAUAGCUCUUGGAGCAGCACCAGGAGCACUUACUGAUCCUUGCCCACAACAUCCUUCCGGUAGAACACCAGCUGACCUAGCUUCUGCAAAUGGACACAAAGGAAUUGCAGGUUAUCUUGCAGAAUCUUUCCUAAGUGCACAACUCGAGUCUAUUGAUUUGAAAAGAGGUGCGGCAGAAAGUUUUGGAACAAAAGUAGUACAAAGAGUUCAAGAACAAAACACUGCGCGACUUAACAAUGAGGGAAUCUCACAUGAACUGUCACUGAAAGAUUCAUUGGCUGCAGUGUGCAAUGCAACUCAAGCUGCUGCUCGUAUUCAUCAAGUUUUUAGAGUGCAAUCAUUCCAGAGAAAACAACAAAAGGAAUAUGGUGAUGACAAAUUUGGAAUAUCUGAUGAACGUGCUCUUUCACUAAUAGCACUGAAUGCGAAGUCGCACAAGUCUGGACAACGUGAUGAGCCUGUUCAUGUUGCUGCAACGCGAAUUCAGAACAAGUUCCGCAGUUGGAAAGGCAGAAAAGAUUUUUUGAUUAUUCGACAGCGAAUUGUAAAAAUACAGGCUCAUGUGAGAGGUCACCAGGUUAGGAAAAACUAUGGGAAGAUGAAGAUAAUUUGGUCGGUUGGGAUCGUGGAAAAGGUUAUAUUACGUUGGCGUCGAAAAGGUAGUGGUUUGCGCGGGUUUAAAUCGGAGGCUGCGGCGGAAGGUGUAUCAUCUUCCACUGAGGAUGACUAUGAUUUUUUGAAAGAAGGCAGGAAGCAAACUGAGAAAAGGUUGGAGAAAGCCCUUGCUAGGGUGAAGUCAAUGGCACAAUAUCCAGAUGCAAGAGACCAAUAUCACAGGCUAUUGAAUGUUGUAACUGAGAUACGAGAAAAUCAGGUAAAGCAAGAUUGGAGUUUUUGCAAUUCAGAAGAAACAAGACAAUUCCGCAGCCUCAUUGAUCUUGAAGCGUUGUUAGAUGAAGAUACUUUCAUGCAUACAGCUAUUUAGAAGUUGGUUUCCAUCUAUCCUUUUGGUUGUUCAUUGUAUGUAUGGGUUAGCAUUUUAUAACAGAAUAACAGAAUCAAGCAAUUGUCUCAUUUUUUAUCCUUGUAGCAAUCUUGAUUCAAGUUCAUUUGUAGUUAAAAGGAAAUCGUGUGGCCGUUUGCUAACAUUUUAUACAAAAAAUGCAUAAGCUCGCACUUAACUCUCCUGUCAUAUGCAAAUUUAUCUUAAGCCAGUAAAAAAUGCUUUAUGAAAAUUGUUAAGCCAA